AUGUCAGAAACAGUGGAAGCUGGGGGGGGGGGAGUGGCAACAUUCGCGGGGUGGAGCGGAGUGCAGGGUGUGUGUUCGGUGGGGCGGGGGGGGGGGUUUGGUGCGGUUGUGCGGUUGUGGCAGUUAUCGGACUCAGCUAGCAAGCUCGUGUGGCGUGUGCGGUCACGUGAUGUGGCGGGAUGGGCAGCACCCGUAGUGCAUGGUCCCCAAAACAUCACUUUGUACGGUCUACGGUGUAUCCAGCCGCAGUUUUCCGGAUUAGAAAAGGGCUUCCUCUUGAACAGUCGCAGAGUACCCGUACUUGGUCUGCAUACCCCCCCCCCAGCAUCCGUGACUAUGGUGGAUGCGUUGGCUAACGCUUACUCGCACAUGUAUGCCUCUCCGAGAGACUUGGCAAAGACUCCAAGCAACAGGAAUAGGCGGGCGUCAAACGAGGACUGCGGUGUCGUGCCUCCUAUUGAACUAGCUAGUUUCAUAUUCCCGGAUAAAAAGGCGCUUCUGGAGAUAGAUAUAGCGUCGUACUCGGAUGUCAGUUACAAAGAGGUGCUGAUAAUCGGGUUCGAGAUAUACAUUGUGGAACAGUGGGUCGCAGAGAGGAAACUGUCCUCCAUUAUCACCUCGUACACGGGGAACACACAGGAUGCAGUCUCUGCAGUGGAGGUUGUGUUACCGGCGAAGUUUGAGUACUGGCCUGGGAAGUUCCAGCAGUACUACAACGAGUUGCUCGCUUUUGCACAACCGAAGUUGCCCAGGGAGGCCCUCGGGACAGUGUUCAUUACUGACUUGUCCACGGUCCCGCUAUCUUUAAACAUCAUACACAUCGAGUGUGGGGAUCUUCGGACUAUAUGGCAUGAUUUCAAGAUAAAUUUCAACUUGAAGAUGAUGCACUGUGCGGGGAGAUCCUCCGCGUUGCUGGCACCACCGUCCAGUGCUGCAAAGGAGAAGUUCGCACAGUUGUACAAGAUCCCGCUCGAUUUCAAAGACGGGAAGAGGACUCACGUCGGAAACACUUUCUUCGGGGGGACUACCUCCCCGACACUCCUCAAUUUGCAGAGGCAGAAACCAGCGACUAAUGUGGCGGACGAGUACUCGCCAGUGAACGAGCUCGUAGAGAUAGUACAGAUAUGCCUGCUCUACUUCAACAGGUUCCAUUACAGAGUCGACGGUCUGCUGUGCCAUUCGACCAAAGCACAGAUUGACGACUGGUGGGACCACUACGGGAAACUGUACCUCGGUUGUGAGAAACCUAGGAACGAGGCCACAUUGGGCCCGACCACCGUGGCGUCGCUCGUGAGUCUUGUCCUCUGUUGCUUCUACAAGCUUGCCCUAGAGAACUGCAUUAAUACAAAGGACCCGUUUGAUGCAGUGGAAUAUUUUAACGGUGUUUACAAUUUCCAAAAAAAAUUGGGGAUAAUAAGACCCAAUAAGAAAAUAUACUUGGAUCAUCUAACGUUGGAGAAACUGUUUGAAAGCACACAGAAAUUUUCAAGUAACGAUUUUUUGAAGCUUAGAAAGGCAGUGAAGAGUAAAAUGCAAGACUUGGCGGGGAAACAGAACACAACACAUCUCUCAGAUGAGAUAUUAACAAGCGAUCUGGAUACUUUGAUUAACCACGUAAGUGGUGGGUCACUAGGUUACUUGUGGAAGGGGGAGAAUAACCCAAAGUUACUCUACCAGUUAGAACACAGACACAACAAUUUUUGUAGGUUCUCCUUCAAUAGGGGAGAUCCGAAAAUGGCCCUAGAGCAAAGAAAAGAUGAAAUCAAAAACUUCCAGAGGAAACCAAGGUUUUAUACACCAGACUCAAGUAAGAAACAAAACACGGCCCAGUUCGUGGAGAGUAACUUCAAUUCCCAAAAUAUGGCCACAGAAAAUGGGAGGAGUUUUUCGAACUCAAUAUUGAGCAUCUCGUCGAUGUUCCCCAAUUACGACAAACCAACUGCAUCGUUGAACGUCGAAUGCAACAAGAUCUACCAAGGAGAGUUUCAUAGGAGGAACUCGUUACCCUUUUGUCACGAUGGAACACGGGACAGUGAGGAACUCACAGCGUGGGAGAGAGAUCACGAGCAAUCUAUGUACCGAUCGAACUCUGUCUCGAAUAUCAUGGAUGUCCUCUUCAAAUGGGAACUGCCCUUUGAUCCAUCGAUGGUGAAAGUGGCCAGAGAUUUGAAAAAGUUGGAUACGAAUUUGAACAGACAGAAGAAACUUCAAGACACGGAAGUUGAUGACCUCGAAGAAAAUGAAGGCUCUGUAGCACCAGACACGGCCAAAUACAAGGCACUGACCAAAAAAUUGCAAGAGGACCAUGAGCAGUACGCGAAGCACUCGGUGGCAUUCGAUGGGAGGGCACAAUCGUUAAGAAACAAGCAACAAAUACUAAGCAAUGAGAUGAAGGAGAUCAACUCGUUGUCGUCAAAGUUGACCUACGAUAUUAGGAUUCUUGAACUUAGAGUCAGAGACGUUGAAGAGAGCGUGCAACAGUUCAAUUUGAAACUGAAAAAUAUGAAAAAGUCAUUAAUCCUCAGAGAUGAGGACGUCUCUGAAGCGUUGAAGCAUACUAGCAAUGACCAAGAAUUCGAUGCUUACGUUCGGAGAGCCAUACUUUCGGAAAGGACCUGUUACAAAGGUUUGUGUUUGAGUAUGUUGCACAGGGAUUCCAUGAAUGAAGUGAGGAAUGACCUUAUGUCAUGGAUCGGUUAUUUUUUUUCCAGUUUCUCAACGUCCUCCAAUGAUACCCAAAAAUCAAUGUCAAAACCAAUGAUUGAACUGGACGGGAGUUGA